AUGUAUCACGCCAUCCUCGAUGGCAUUUUGUUCGCAAACGAUGACAUUGGUGAAGAACUUCAGACUCAAGAGAGUGGUGGCGGAAGAGACGAUGCUGCCCGGCCCGAAGUUUUGCCGACGCAGCGAUGUCCCGCGAAAAAGUUGAACCGGCAUCAUCAUCGUCAUUCUCAUCUGAACCCACAAUCUCUGGCAACUCCAGUCGCGCCUCCCAACCAGGACCCUCCCGCUCAACCCGAAGCACACGCAGACAGGAUGGAUCAUUCUCGCGACCCCUGCCCAUGGGUGAUCCUCAAUGACUUUGGUGGCGCCUUCGCCAUGGGUGCUGUUGGCGGUGCUGUAUGGCACGGCGUAAAAGGUUUCCGCAACUCCCCGUACGGCGAGCGACGCAUCGGCGCCAUCACCGCGAUAAAAGCCCGCGCGCCAGUACUCGGCGGCAACUUUGGCGUGUGGGGAGGACUCUUCAACACAUACGACUGCGCAGUCAAGGGCAUACGGAAGAAGGAAGACCCGUGGAACGCCAUCAUCGCAGGAUUCUUCACCGGCGGCUCGCUUGCGGUACGCGGUGGCUACAAAUCCAUGCGCAACGGCGCCAUAUCGUGCGCAAUUCUCCUCGCAGUCAUUGAGGGCGUCUCGAUCGGAUUCAACCGCAUGAUGGCCGACAACACCAGGCUCGAUGCCCCUCCGCCACCGCCCACCGAUGCCGGAGGCCUGUCGUCAAGCGGCGGCGGCGGCAUGGCAGUUGCCGCGUAA